UUGAACUUCAGAUCUGCGAAACGUUCGGCUACAGUGAGAGCCAACGUUGACCUCGAUUGACAAACAAGCAUUUAUUGCUAAACCAUAGUAAUUCACCUUGCAAGUGUUGUGUGAUUGAUUACAUAAAAAUGCCCUGUCCGUUCUUGGGAUCAUUGAGCCAAACCUUCGUAAGGAAUUACGGAGCAAACCUGAUGAAGCAGUAUGGCAACUUCUGCCCCAUUGUCUCUCGCGGGUUCCGUUCUUUCGGAAACGAUGAGACGAAGUGUCCUUUUAUUCAAGAGAACGCAAUCAUUGCUGAGGCGCCCAAGGAAAUGAGCGAGGACAUUGUAGACAACACCCCGCCCUAUCAUUACGAGAACUUCUUCCAUGAGCAGAUCAGCGCCAAAAAGAAAGACUACUCGUAUCGUGUGUUUAGGAAGGUGUCUCGACUGGCAGCAGACGGAAUGUACCCUCAAGCAUUAGAAGGUUUGGAUAAUCGUCGCGUCACAGUAUGGUGCGCAAAUGACUACCUAGGCACCUCCCGUCACCCCGAGGUACAAGAUGCUGCUAUCAACGCCAUCAAAUCCUAUGGAACUGGAGCUGGAGGGACCCGUAACAUCGCUGGUAACUCCCAGAUGACUGAACAGCUGGAAGCUGAAAUAGCCAAGCUUCAUAAAAAACCAGCAGCUUUAAUAUUCAGCUCCUGUUUUGUGGCUAAUGAUGCAACUCUAUCAACUCUAGCCAAACUACUGCCUGGUUGUAUUGUAUUCUCUGAUGCAGGCAACCAUGCCUCAAUGAUACAGGGCAUAAGAAAUAGUCGUGCUCCAAAGCACAUCUUCCGACACAAUGAUCCAAACCACUUGCGUAAACUACUGUCUGAAUCACCUGCUGGUGUACCAAAGCUAGUCGUUUUUGAGACUGUUCACUCUAUGAGUGGAGCAAUAUGUCCCCUAGAAGAAAUGUGUGAUAUUGCUCAUGAAUAUGGGGCACUAACUUUUGUGGAUGAGGUCCAUGCUGUUGGGCUUUAUGGGAAACAUGGUGCUGGUAUAGCCGAGGAGAGGGGCUUACAAAAUAAAGUAGAUAUAGUAUCGGGGACUUUAGGUAAAGCCUAUGGGAAUGUUGGGGGCUACAUUGCUGGAUCAUCUCUUCUAGUAGACACAAUACGUUCACUCGCGCCAGGUUUCAUAUUUACAACGGCGUUGCCGCCACCGGUGCUGGCUGGGUCGCUGGCGUCGAUUCGUUUAUUGGCGAGCGAAGAAGGGCGACAGUUUCGCGCUCGUCACCAAGCGAUGGUACGUUAUUUCAAGCUGUCGCUAUUGGUGGCGGGACUACCACAGCUGCCGUCCGUUAGCCACAUUGUGCCCGUGCCCGUGGAGGGUGCCGAUAAGGUAGCCCGCGUGGCGGAGUCGCUGUUGCGUCGUGGACAUUACGUACAAGCUAUCAACUACCCCACUGUAGCGCGCGGAGAUGAGCGACUGAGGUUCGCUCCUGGACCCUUCCACACGCCCGAAAUGAUCGACUCUGUUGUUUCUUCGCUCAUCGAUGCGUUCCACGAAAACGGCAUCAAUUUCGAGCAAUUCAUUCAAAACGGCGCUUGUCGCGAGUGCUCCAUGGAGUACAAGAUGGAGGUACCCUAUGAGGAGCCUUACGUUUAUCCAAUGCAAGUCGCAUAAAUUUAGAUAAAAUUUAUUUUCGUUUAUAUAUGAGGCAUAAUGACAAAAAAAUGUUAAUGUUGUAUUGUAUAGUUUAUUUCA